AUGGAGUCCCCAAAUACUCUGGGCUGCUGCUUCCAGUGCAGCGACUGUCCGGUGGCAUUCACGACGCUCGAUGAGCUUCAAUCACACGAGCAGUCGGCGCAUCACAACAACACCCUGGAAAGCAUGAAGGUCGACGUGAUCAAAAUGGAGACCGACGACUCAUCGGACACGGAUUCUUCGCACAUCUCGCCGACAUUCGCACUGUCAUUGAGCAGUCCACAUGAAGUGAAAGGACGGUACGAGUGCGAGGAAUGCCAUGAGAUGUUCGCCGUCAAACGCGAGCUCGCAACACAUAUGCGGAUACAUAGCGGAGAGCAGCCGCAUCGGUGCACCCAGUGUGGAAAAGAGUUUGGUACUCGUCAAUUGUUGAAAAAACAUUGGAUGUGGCAUACUGGCCAAAGAUCUCAUGUUUGUCCGCAUUGCAACAAGGCCUUUUUUCAGAAAGGCCAUCUCACACAACAUCUAAUGAUUCAUUCUGGAGGGCGACCUCAUGAAUGCCAGCAAUGCCAUAAGACUUUCAUCUUCAAGUUUGAUCUCAAUCGGCAUAUGAAGAUCCAUCAGGAGCGUGGAUACUCGUGUCAGCAAUGCGGGAGGUCUUUUCUCAAACAGAUUAUGCUCGAUGAGCAUUACCUCAAGUGCAAAGGCAAAAUGUCAUCGCCAUCGAGAAGUACUAGCUCGCCAAUCAAGCCGAUUCCGUUGACCACCGAUUUGGCAAAGGUGGCUCAGAAGAUCUUCGCGCAACAGCAAGAACAACAGCAGAGAGCCGCUUUAUCAUCAUUGUUGAUAAAACAGGAUCAAGGACUCAACAACAACAUUCCUUCGAUCCCAUUGAUCUGUAUGAUUUGUAAGGCGACUUUCAACAAUCAAUCAGCAUUCGCGAUUCACACCUACAUGCAUCAUAUCGCUUCGAAUACCGCCAGUGUUGAAAAUCAAUUUAAUAUUUUCAAUGCGCCCUCAUCAUCGUCCAUCUCAUCUGCUUCUUCUUCAUCAUCUUCGGAUCACCAAGUUCAGGUUGAUGCUGCUGAUCCAGGCACCGAUACCUCAUGCGCAUCAAGCCCGCAGAAAGCAUCACCUGUACCGUUGGAGACGCAAGUUCGAGCUAGUAGCAGCAGCAUUUCGCCAGCGUCGCAGGCAACCGACGGUUGCAAGGAAUGUGCGUCGAACUGGCAAAGGAUUCAAGAGCUUGAAGCUCAAAUCAAUGCCAAGAAUGAGGAAUUCGAAAAUUAUCGACAUAUGAUUAAGCUGGUCGUUUCUACUGUCGGUGGUCUUCUAAACCAAUCUGCUCCGGACAACUUGUUCGUUACUCAUGCUUCGAACAUUUUCAAACAACUUCAGAAUUCGCUCUAA